UAAACACUCAGUAAACACUCUCUCAGGAGCAGGAAGAAGAGGUUUCGUGUACGUCAGCUUUAAGCAGAGCUUUGUUUUCAUUAUUAUUAAUAUUAUUUAUAACUGUAUCCUAGUACCUCAUACACGCAAAGGCUAUCAGAAUGACAAAGUCCAAGAAAAUUAAAAGGGAAAAGAUUAGUGUCGCGACUGAGAUUGACCGUAUCGAGGAGCAGCGAUUGAAGUGUCAGGGUAGUCUGGAGAGGGCAGAAUUCAGACAUCGACGCGAGCAGCUCUCAGAUGAAGACAAACAGGCUCUUGAGGAUGAAAUGGAGAUCAUGAAUGAGAGGAUAAAGAAAUAUGAGAAGGAGCUUGCAGAUUUGCGAGGAGAGAACAGGAAAAAUAUGAUGCUCUCUGUAGCACUGCUGGUCAUCACUGCUCUUUUCUAUUAUGCCUUUGUUUAUUAAGGACACCUGUAGCCACACCGCUGCCUUGAGCUGUCAUCCAUCUUCUGUUUUUAGAAGGCUGAUAGACCAAUGCAUCUUCAUGAGUGCAAGUCUGUUCACUGGAGGCUUAAUCCUGGAUAUCAUGAUCACAAAUAAAUCUAUAUAUGUGUAUACUGUAUAUACAAACCUAUCAGCCAUAACAUUAAAACCACUGAGAGGUUAAGGGUGUAACAUUGAUUAUCUCAUUACAUUAAGACCUGUCAGUGGAGGGAUAUAUUAGGCAGCAAGUGAACACUCAGUUUGGGCAACAGUGUGUGUGAGGAUCUGAGCGACAUGGGCCAAAUUAUGCCAACUAGAUGAUUGGGCCAGAGCAUCUCUAUAACAGCAGAUCUUGUGGUUUGUUUCUGCUAUGCAGUGGUCAAUACAUACCAGAAGUGGUCCAAAGAAGAACUACCAGUGAACCAAACACAGAUCCUUACAACUUACUGGAUUAAAAGUUUCUGUUCCUAAUUUUUUUUGGUGUCAGAAACCACAGCACACCUUCAGAGGUUCUCCGGAGUCCAUGUCUCUAUUGGUCAGAGCUGUUUUUUGGCACAAAGGACCUACACUAUAUUAGGCAGAUGGUUAUGGCUGAUUGGUGAAUUUAUAUAAUUAUAAAAUCUUAUUGAUUUGGUUAAAGUAUUGGUCCCUGGGUUCUGAAAAAAAUGUUAAUCUAUUUUACUAUCAUUCAGAAUGAAUAUAAACAAGGUGUGUUCAGAUUUGUAUGUAGAUUUGUAAAAAAAACAAAA